UUAAGAUUUGAUCAGCCAAAAUUAAUAAGGAAAAUGGAAGACAAAGUGGUGUUGUUGGAUUUCUGGCCAAGCCUUUAUGGAAUGAGAGUGAGAAUCGCCUUGGCCGAGAAAGGGGUCCAAUAUGAGGCCAAGGAAGAGAACAUAUUGUUGGAGAAAAGCCCUCAGCUUCUUGAGAUGAACCCGGUUCACAAGAAGAUCCCAGUUCUCAUUCACAAUGGUAAACCCGUUUGUGAAUCUCUCAAUAUCGUUCGUUACAUUGACGAAGUUUGGAACCACAAUUCUCCUCUGCUUCCCUCUGACCCUUACCAAAAAGCCCAGGCCAUGUUUUGGGCUGACUAUAUUGACAAAAAGAUAUUCAUUCUUGUAAAGCAAGUGUUGAAAGCAAAAGGGGAAGAACAAGAGGCAACAAGGAAGGAGUUUAUAGAGUGCUUGAAGACCGUAGAAGGAGAGCUUGGAGACAAGCGUUAUUUUGGUGGCGAGAGAUUUGGUUUCAUCGAUCUUGUACUGAUUCCCAUCACGACCAGGUUUUACUCCUUGGAAGUUUGUGCGAAUCUCAGUAUAGAUUCGGAGUGUCCCAAGCUUAUAGGUUGGGCCAAAAGAUGCAUAGAAAAGCAGAGUGUGGCAAAGUCACUCCCCGACCCUCAUAAGAUCUAUGGUUAUAUUUUGCUUCUCAAGGAGAAAUAUUGGUUUUAGAGUAGCUUCACAAAAUAAGAAGAACAAUAGUAUUCAUCUUCAUAGCAUAAACCUCUAUAGCUCAUGGAAAGAGGGAUCCACUUAUUCAUUUAAUCUUAUAGAGAUGAAUAGGAGUUCUCAAAUAAGAAAUACAAAAAAAAAAAAGUAUCUAUUACUUAUAUACUAGACCUACUAGUUCUAGUGAAAUCAAACC